AUGAAGGCUGGUUUUAUUGCCAAGGACAUUGCUCGGGUGACGAGUUCGCUAGGCAAGCUGGCAGUGCUUGCGAAGCAGAAACAGCUCUUCAACGACAAGCCCACAGAUAUGAUCGAGCUCACGUACGUGAUCAAGCAGGAUAUAUUCAAGAUCGAGCGAUCGUUAAAGGACCUGCAACAGUCGAGCGCCAGCAAGUCGUCUGGAGACUCGCAAAUUAAUACAUAUACCAAGAACGUUGUUCAGCUGCUAAAUACCAAGGUGAAGAAUGUGAGCGAGACUUUCAAAGAGGUGCUUCAGACGAGACAACGGAACGAGCUGGCGCAAAAGUCUCGACAGGAGCAACUGCUUGCCACCGUGAACGGGUCUUCCCACGAUCCAUCGAAAAACAACGCCGCCAACGACCUGGUGCCAUACGCAUUGCGAAACAAAGGUGCGCAGGUCUCGGAUAACCCAUUUUUAUCGGCAAUGGACCAGGACCCUGACGUUUCUGUGCCGAACCAGGACUACCUAUCGAUUCCCGACCAAUCGCAACAGCUCAUGCUGCUAGAGGAGCAGAGCAACCAGUACUUACAGGAAAGAAACCGGGCCGUCGAAGCGAUCGAGUCCACGAUCAACGAGGUCGGAGGACUAUUCCAGCAACUGGCUACUAUGGUCCAGGAACAGGGAGAGGUGAUACAGAGAAUAGACAACAACGUGGAAGAUAUCAGCUUGAACAUCAGCGGAGCACAAAGAGAGCUACUGAAAUACUAUAACACAGUGACCAGCAAUCGGUGUGACAAUGCCCUUCACGUCGUCCAGAAUGUCGUUGAAGGAGUCGAACUGGGUGAACUUGAUGUGCUGCUUGAUGCAGAACUUGACCAGAUCCUUGCCCCGUCUGGCAAACAGCAGGUCGCACGACUUGGCCGCAGACAAGUCCGACACACCGUCUCCGCAGUAGAACAGGUACGGUUUUUUGCUCAAGUCGUACUUCUCGAGACACUGUUUGAUCGAUUCGGCCUUGUCGUGCCCGAACGGAGUGUCGUCGCGGUAGACAAUGUGCCAGUCAUCGCCGUUGGUCUCGACGCUAUUCGAGAUUAUGGUCACAUGGUCCAUAACCUGUUGUCCGAGCAGCUUCUUCAACAGAGCUUCAAUAAUUGGCGACAUACCACUGCUGAUAACGUAGAUCGGGAUCCCGUUGGCGUGGCACCAAUGGUAGAACUCGGUGAAUCCCGGGUCCAGCUUGAUGUGUUCGAGCAAAUAAGCCACACACUUUUCAAAAGAGUACCCGUUUGCUGGGAUCGACUUGAGCAUCUCGUCAAAACCUUCUCUGAACGAGAGCUUUUCCUCAAGCAUGAGAUCGUUUAA